UUUCUUAGAGGAAAAGGCAUAAAAUGUGGUAAGAUUCUCUCCGUAACCGUCCUCCCAUUUUUUCUAUAAGACCCGACCCCAAGACAAAGCAAUUAUUCAUCAAAAACAAAAUCAAAAUCAAACAGAGAGAGAGAAAGAAAGAACAGAGAAAAAAUGGCCGCACCAGCAGAAUUGAUCCCAGCAGGAGAAGUGAUCGCUUGCCACACCGUUGAUGACUGGAACAACAAGUUCAAGGCCGCCAAAGAAUCCAACAAGCUGAUUGUGAUAGACUUCACAGCAACAUGGUGCCCACCUUGCCGUUUCAUUGCACCCAUCUUCGUCGAGUUGGCUAAGAAGCACCUUGAUGUCGUUUUCUUCAAGGUCGAUGUCGAUGAAUUGAAUUCUGUUGCUAAGGAUUUCGAAGUUGAGGCCAUGCCGACCUUUGUCUACAUGAAGGGUGAAGAGAAGGUCGACAAGGUGGUCGGUGCUGCGAAAGAUGAAAUCGUAGCCAAGCUUGAGAAGCACUCUCAAGUUGCUUCGGCUUGAUUUGGUUUAUCGUUCUCUUCAUAACUAUUUACCUAGUAGUGUGUUUGGUGUUUUUUAAUAAAAAUCCUUUGUUGCGUUAUUGUCACUUUCACUUGAAUCAUCAUCAUCUUCCCUUUGUGUUGGUUUGGUGUGGUGCCUACAUGCCUUGGGUGUGUGAAUAAAUGUUUGCAGACUGUAUAACUCGCACGCAUCUAUGCUAAAUUUUCAUGUUAUUAACU